AUGCGCUUGAUCAUUCGCGAUGACGCCCUAGCGGCGAGCACCUACGUGGCCAACUACAUCAUCGACCGCAUCAGAGCCUUCAACCCGUCGGCCCAGCACCCUUUCGUCCUCGGCCUCCCCACCGGCUCGACGCCCCAGGGCGUUUACAAGAUCCUCGUCGAGAGGUACAAGGCCGGCGAGAUCUCGUUCGAGCACGUCGUCACCUUUAACAUGGACGAGUACGUCGGCAUCCCCCGCGAUGACGCCGAGUCGUACCACUCCUUCAUGUACAAGCACUUCUUCUCCCACGUCAACGUUGACCCCUCCAACGUUCACAUCCUCGACGGCAACGCCGCCAACCUCGAGGCCGAGUGCGUCGCCUUCGAGGACGCCAUCAAGGCUGCCGGUGGCAUCGAUCUCUUCCUCGCUGGCAUCGGUGAGGAUGGCCACUUGGCCUUCAACGAGCCCGGCUCCUCGCUCGCCAGCCGCACCCGCGUCAAGACGCUUGCCUACGAAACCAUCCUCGCCAACUCGCGCUUCUUCGGCAACGACGUCACCAAAGUGCCGCGGAUGGCCCUCACCGUCGGUGUCCAGACCGUCCUCGAGGCCCGCGAGGUCGUCGUCGUCAUUCUCGGUCAGCGAAAGUCCAUCGCCCUCCAGCGCUGCGUCGAGCAGGGUGUCAACCACAUGUGGACCCUCUCGAGCCUGCAGCUGCAUCCCCACCCCAUGAUUGUCGUCGAUGAGGAUGCCACGCUCGAGCUGCAGGUGAAGACGGUCAAGUAUUUCAAGAGUAUCGAAAAGAUUGCCCUCGAGGAAGGCUUCGAGCAGAUCCUGCCCUCCAAGGUCCGCACCGGCAUCGGCUCCUCCGUCCCCGAGACUCGCAUCCAUUCGCUCGACGACUUCGACGGCCCGGAUCCCAGCAUCCUCGCCCCGCAGCCAACUACCUCGCGCCUCCUCCGCGCGACCCCGGCCACCGAGUAUCCCAUCCGCUCCGUCUCUCCCGACCUCGUCCCCGACCGCAUGGCCUCGCGCAUCCCCGAACCCAACUUGUCGAUGCGGUUGACCCCCAAGCCUGAGCUCCAACUGACGCCCCACAACGCCAUCAAAGCCUGA